UGCACCUACUUGGCCUGUUUCCUGCAAAAACAAAAUCUUCAACCGGAAAUUUUUUAAAAAGUCCAUUUUUAAUUUUUCAUAAAUUAAUAAUUCUUAUUACUCUGGAAAACGAGGUCGACUUUACAAUUGCGAGCUAGAUAUAAGAGAAUAAACCUGAAUCGCGAAGUUUCUCACAUGAGGUUUUCCAUAGUGCGGCAGUGGUCCAAGAAACAUGUUUGAAUAAAACAUUGAAAAGAAACGUAGGUCUUCUGCAUUUGUGAAAAUAAAUCAACAAUUAUGAAGUUCAAUUUAUCAUUCGUUUUACUGAUAACCUUUAUCAAAGAUAUUCAUGGAGAACAUUGCGAAAAAGGUUGGCCGUUUCCGCAAGAUUUUCUGAUAGGAGCAGCUUCCGCCGCAUAUCAGGUGGAAGGAGGAUGGAACGCAAGUGGCAAAGGAGAAAAUAACUGGGAUUGGUUUACACAUAAUAAACCGUGGAUGAUUGCCGACCAGAGUAACGGAGAUGUGGCUUGCGAUUCAUUCCAUAAGUACAAGAAAGAUGUUGCUAUAAUGAAAGACAUUGGCUUCGACUUCUACCGGUUCUCAAUAAGCUGGUCUCGAAUUUUUCCCACUGGUUUUGCCAAUGAUAUUAGUAAAGACGGUAUCAAAUAUUACCACGACCUUAUUCAUGAACUGCGAUCAAAAGGACUUGAGCCAUUUGUUACUAUCUAUCACUGGGAUCACCCACAGGUUUUGGAACAAAUGGGUGGAUGGAUUAACGAAAUGAUGGUGGAUUGGUUCACUGACUUUUCUAAAAUUGUUUUCCAAGAAUUCGGUCCCAAAGUAAAAUACUUUGUGACGAUAAAUGAGCCAAGUUCUUUUUGUUAUGGCGGUUAUGGAGGAACAUCUAAAGCUCCUGCCUGGAAUUUGCCGCUAAAUGCAGAAUAUCUGUGUAUGCAUAAUGUACUAAAAGCUCACGCUAAGGCUUAUCAUAUGUAUUAUGAGAAAUUUCGUUCAACUCAAAAUGGCAUAAUUGGAAUUGCACUGCCAUGUAAUCACUAUUUUCAUAAAAAUGAGGAAGACAGUAUCACACCUGAUAUAGCCUUUCAAUACGACUGUGGUUGGAUGGCCAACCCAAUUUUUUCAAAAGACGGCGAUUAUCCAAAAAUUAUGAGAGAAAGAAUUGAUGAGAACAGCAGAAUUCAAGGUUGGCCUCGAUCAAGGUUACCUAAAUUUACACAAACAGAAGUUGAAUAUAUUAGAGGUACGUCAGAUUAUUUUGGGCUAAAUCACUACACAUCAUAUAUAGCCGUACCUGUUCAGAAGGAAGUAAAUAAAGGAUGGGCAAAUGAUCGAGGCUUCUACCAAAUAGUAGAUCCUAAAUGGCCUGUAUCUGCAAGUUCUUGGUUGAGGGUGGUGCCUGAAGGAUUUGGAGGAAUUCUUCGCAAAAUAACAAAGGAAUAUGGAAAUACACCGAUUUAUGUUCUCGAAAACGGUUACUCCGACACAGGAAGCCUAAACGAUCUUGACCGAAUUAACUAUUAUUAUUCCUACCUGAAAGAAAUGUUAUUAGCUAUAAAAGAUGGAUGUAAUGUCAAAAGCUAUGCAGCUUGGAGUAUUAUGGAUAAUUAUGAAUGGACCGAAGGUUACAAUGCCCAUUUUGGACUCCUCCAGGUCGAUUUUAACGAUGCGAGGAGAAAAAGAACCUACAAGAACUCCGCUCACUGGUUCAAGAAUCUGCUUCAGAGUCGCACACUACUUCCUGUGCAAAAUUGUACAAAUAAUAACUAAUAUUUUAGAACAUACAAUGGGUAUAUAUUUUCUAAUACUAUUUUGAUGGGAAUAAAAUCUUUUUUCUCUGU